CCUUACCGUUACAGUACUCUUCAGUGGGUGACUUGCGAGCGUGUUGCUUGCUGUGUCGGCGCCAUUCAGUUGCCAACUCGUCGAUGGCAGAUCCAACCACCACAGCUGCAGCAGCCGCCGCCACUACCACAGUCCUUCGUCCACCAACGCCCAUUGCCUCUCGACCUCUGACACCGACAAGCCCGGCUGCAGCGCCUACGGACGGAUCGCCGACCCAACGCGUGCUUGGCGCGUUCUUCCCGGACAGCGACGACACACUCAGCAGUGUGCACGAAUGUCCCGUGUGCCUGCGUCCCUUCUCGCUGGUCCGGUUCAAACAUCGAUGCAAAGCAUGCGAUCGCAACGUGUGCAACGACUGUUCCAAGAGCCGCCUGCGCUUGGACGACAUGGGACUGGACGGCCCCCACAUGCCAAAGCGUGGACAGCUACGGAAGGAUCGCGGCCACAAGAGCUCCCGUGUGUGCGAUCCGUGCGCGCGCAGUUACUUUGAGAGCAAGCUGGACGCCGACUAUCCGAGUACGACGCCGCCACGUGUCGUGGAGGACACUCCACGAGCUCCCGUGGCGCUGGCUGAUGGUGGCUCAUCCCCUUCCUUGUCACAGCAUCCCACAUCGUCGCAUGUGCCGCCAUCAUAUACCACCCUCGUCGCACGUUCGUCUUCGUCGUGCAAGUGGCUACGCCGUCGGCACUUUGUGUUUUUCGGUGUGUUUUCGUUUGGGCUGGUGCUGCGACUCGUGUUCCGGCUACCACAUCUUAUGAACGUUCCAGGAACGUUCCUCUGCGUCGACGCGAUCCACCGGCUCACCCGGCUCGACGUGUUUGCCGUCGGGCUGCUGGUGCUCAUUGCCGUGGACGAGUGGCUGGCCUUUCAACGCACGCGGUCGCUGAAAACGAAUCAACGAAACGGUCGUCCGUUCGUUGCAGAGUCGGACACUCCCUUGGUUUCCAAAGGUGCCGACGAGUCCGCCGCCGCGCGCAUUCUUCGUGACAAAUCCAACGACCACACACAAAACGCUUCGAAUGAGGACGACGAAAUACACGAUGAUGUUCGCCUCGACAAGCUCGGGCUCGUGCUGACCACCAGCUUCAACCAAGGCUCGGACUUGACGGUGGCGUCGUACGUACGAUGCAAUGUCGAAACGGCCAAAUUGUUGGUCUGCUUUGGGAAAGCGACGGCAUUUGCUGCAAGUACCGUGGCGGGGUACGUUGCAUCGAUUGAAGCGGCGAUGGCGUCAUCAUUGUCACCAGACGGUGACAAUACGGUGACGAUAAAUUCUCCGCCGUCGUUGCGACACAUGGUGACGAACGAAGUCGACCUCGGGGUAGCCACAUGCGGCGGCAAGAAGAACCCGUCGCUGAGUCGAUGUGUGCUGCGGUUGCUGUGGUUUUUAGAGUUUGUGGAAACGAUGCUGGGGGUUCUCAUGGAUCCAAGCUACGGCGACGACAUUGGGAGUGGCAUUUCCAAAGCGUACGAAUCGACGUUGGGGACGCGCCAUCCGUGGUUGAUUCGCAAAGGGGUGAUGACGGCGUUGAGCUCGUGUCCGCUAAAGUCUGCGGUGCUGGCCACGAUGACACAGUCGAGUCCUUCCGAAGACAUCAUGACCGCCCUCGCAGAUAUUCAACGACACUUGCACGGCAUUCUUGCAACCACACGCUCCAUUUUGGCAGAACACGACCUCUUGGACAUCAAAUGACGAUAAUAAUACUAUUGUGCUUUCGAGUGAAA